AUGUCAGCAGCCGCCGCCUCCGCCGCCGCCGCCCCGCGGGGCACGCCUUCGCAAAACGCUUUUAAGAACGCCGACAAACCAGAUGAGGUCAGGAGAUCCAAUCUGUUGGCUGCCAAGGCUGUCAGUGAUGCUGUGCGAACUUCGCUCGGACCCAAGGGCAUGGACAAGAUGAUCCAGACCUCCAACGGUGAAGUGGUCAUCACCAACGACGGCGCUACCAUUCUCAAACAUAUGGCUGUUAUGCACCCCGCUGCCAGGAUGCUCGUCGAGCUCUCGCAGGCGCAGGACGUCGAGGCCGGUGACGGUACUACGUCGGUCGUUGUCGUCGCUGGAAGCUUGCUGGGCGCUGCGGAAAAGAUGCUCAACAAGGGUAUUCACCCCACCAUCAUUGCCGAAUCGUUCCAAAAGGCGGCUGCCAAGGCGGUCGAGUUCCUCACCGAGAUCUCGACACCUGUCGAGCUGAAUGACCGCGAGUCGCUGCUUCGUGCCGCAAGUACCUCGCUCAACUCGAAGAUUGUCUCGCAGUACUCUUCGGUGCUUGCUCCGAUUGCUGUGGAUGCGGUCACGCGUCUCGUCACUCCUGGUUCGUCUAGCGCCGCGGCGGCAGCCAAGGCGAAUGCCAUCACGACCAGCUCUUCGAUGGGCUCUGGCGCUGAAGGAGCUGCCACGACGUCGCGAGCUUCGCGAUCGGCAGAUGCGCAAGACAAUGUUGACCUGCGCGACAUCCGCAUUGUCAAAAAGGUUGGCGGCACGAUCGACGACACGGAGCUCGUCGAAGGACUUGUACUUGCGCAGAACGUCAUCUCGGGUAGCGGAGGGCCGACUCGGAUGGAAAAAGCCAAGAUCGCUGUGUGCCAAUUCCAGCUGAGCAGCCCGAAGCCGGACAUGGAUAAUCAGAUCGUGGUCAAUGACUACCGACAGAUGGACAAGAUUCUCAAGGAAGAACGACAAUACCUGCUCAACAUGUGCAAGAAGAUCAAAAAGACGGGCUGCAACGUUUUGCUGAUCCAAAAAUCGAUCUUGCGCGAUGCUGUCAACGAACUUGCGCUGCACUUCCUCGCCAAACUCAAGAUCCUUGUUGUCAAAGACGUCGAGCGCGACGAGAUCGAAUUUGUGUCCAAGACGCUGGGUGCCAAGCCGAUCGCCGAUAUCGAAGCGUUUACCGAAGACAAGCUUGCUUCGGCGGAUCUGAUCGACGAGGUGCAGCAGAACGGUUCUCGGGUGGUCAAGAUCACGGGCAUCAAGAACAUGGGCAGGACGGUAAGCAUCCUGUGCACGGGAGCCAACUCGCUCGUGUUGGAAGAGAGCGAGCGCAGUUUGCACGAUGCGCUGUGUGUUGUGCGAUGUCUGGUCAAGAAGAAGGCGUUGAUUGCGGGUGGUGGAGCGCCCGAGGUGCACGUGUCGCGUCUGUUAUCGCAGUACUCGCAGACACUCAAGGGGAUGGAGGCGUACUGUUUCCAGGCAUACGCCGAGGCGCUCGAGGUGAUUCCGACUACGCUUGCAGAGAAUGCAGGCUUGAACCCGAUCAGCAUCGUCACUGAGCUGCGUAACCGUCACGCGCUGGGCGAGAGGACCGCGGGUAUCAACGUGCGCAAGGGUCAGAUCACCAACAUCUUGGAGGAGAAUGUGCUGCAGCCGUUGCUGGUCAACACGAGUGCUAUCGAGCUGGCCACCGAGACGGUUUCACUUUUGCUCAGGAUCGACGAUUACCACCUUUCGCGUUGA